UUGCUUGAUGCGGCAUUUGCAUUGGCCGCCGAUUUCGGCGGAUAUAAUGAAGAGAAUAUUUACUGUCAAAAGGAUCCGCCGUUGAUCCGAAUCGUCGCAGUAACGUCGCUCGUAUUCCUAUUUGUUCAGCUAUAUUUGCGAGCAAUGACUGUUCCUGUUUACUACUUUUUGAGAGAUGAACGAAGAUUCAGGAAGGUACUCGUCAGCGCAAGAACCCGCUACAGGAAGCGAGUGUAUUUUUCCUAUUGUUCCAUGAUGCAUGAAUAUCUCAAACAGGAGGCCGCAAAGGUGAGUCCUGAAAGUUCUUUCUUCUUUGCCCACGAAUUAGCGUUUACUUUUGGAAUAUGGUGGUGA